CUCCCUUUCAACGCUUCCUGACGGAUUCUCCAGAGGAAUCCUCCAGCGGACCAUCAGCGGAGUUUCAAUCAUGCAACUCCCAUGGAAUUCAGCAAUGGGGCAUUGGCUGCAAUCGCCUCAAUUGCUGAUGGAAAUCGAAUAUAAAAGUCCUGGGAAACACACUCCAACUUACCAUUCAUCAUCACACAGCAACAACAGCAUCACAACUCCUCAAUCCAUCUCGAGUCUCAAGCAUCUUUCCGGAUUUAGUCAAGCUUCAACCUCUACCAUCUACUCAAAAUGACUCAGAACGCCCCUACCCCCAAGCACAUCUUCACUGAGCGUGCUGCGGCCAACAACUUCAACGAUGCCCAGAUCCUGAACUCCAACAACCCUGCCGGACAGGACAUCCCCGAGAAGUCCGAUGUUGUUGUCGCUGGUGGUGGUAUUCACGGUCUGAUCUACGCCAUUCAUGCCGCCAAGUACAAGCCCGGCAAGCUCAGCAUCUCCAUGAUCGAGAAGGGCACCAAGCCCGGCUACAAGAUCGGCGAGAGCACCCUCCCGCUGUUCUCGCUGUGGUGCAAGAUGCACGGCCUGACCGCCGAGUACAUGCUGCGGCUGUUUGGUCUCAAGGACGGGCUGUGCUUCUACUUCCUCGACCGCGAGAACCAGGGCAACUACUCCGACUUCUGCAGCAACGGUACCCCCGGUCUCUUCCUCAGUGGGUUCCAGAUCGAGCGCCCCAUCAGCGAGCUGCUCUUCACUCUGCUGGCCCAGCGCAACGGCGUCAACGUUUUCCACGGCCGCCAGGUGGACUUCAACGGUAGCACCAUCCAGGGGGGGAUCCAGGGCAACAAGAUCUCCAUCAACCCCGGCAAGUUCGACGGCAAGCCCGCGACCACCAUCGACUCCUCCCUCCUGGUCGACGCCACCGGCCGCUUCCGCCAGCUGGCGUCCAAGAAGGCUUCCCUGCACCGCUUCGAGGGCUGGAACUACGACGCCUUCUGGGGCUACUUCACCGCCCCCAAGGACGAGAGCAACAUCCCCCUCCGCUUCUACGAGGGCGACCACACCAACCACCUGUGCUUCCCCGAGGGCUGGGCCUGGGUGAUCCGCCUCCCCAGCUGGGAGGGCAGCCCGAUCCCCAACCUGAUGGACAUGAUCUCCUACCUGCUGGACUGCGCUGAGGCCGGCGUGCCCGGCGACGAGAUCCCCAGCUCCGAGGAGCUGGCCAAGAUGUUCAACCUCAAGUUCCGCUGGACCACCAGCAUCGGCUUCGCCGUGCGCAACGACGUCAAGUACCCCGAGGACAUGUCCAAGUACGGCACCCGCGAGGCGGAGCGCAAGUUCAACUACUUCGUGGAGAAGUACGACCUCAUCAAGAAGUUCAUGGGCAACUUCGAGCUGAUCGAGGACCUCUACGGGCCCGGCACCACCUGGUACAUCCGCAAGUCGCUCACCUACCAGUCCCCCGUCGUCACCGGCCCCGGUUGGCUCGCCGUCGGUGACGCCUGCGGCUUCACCAACCCCCUGCACUCGCCCGGUAUCACCGCCGCCAUGUCGACCUCCACCUACGCCGCGGAACUCACCCAUCAAGCCCUGGACUCCGCCCGCCAGCAGCACCACACCGACCCCGAAGCCGCCGAGCUGACCAUCCGCAAGACCCUCGCCCCCUACGACGACUUCGCCAAGCGCCUCAUCCCCGCCCUCAACCAGAUGAACAAGUUCAACUACGUGUGCUUCCGCGACCCGCGCCUCGGCCCCCAGGUCUCCUGCCUGUGGCAGUUCUUCGCCGGCAUCGGUAUCCCCGGCUGGCAAUUGAUCCGUCAGGACUACAACCUCAACUUCGACACCUACGUGCCGCACUCCAUCAACUGGGCCUGGGGCUCCAUGGUCCCCGAGUACGACGCCGUCGCCCGCAAGGCGAUCGAGCUGAUCGGCCCCAUCCCCAUCGACGAGAGCGUCCCCGACGCCACCGUCCGCGAGGUCAUCGAGUUCUCCAACGCCAUCAAGCGCGUCGCCGUCGACUCCAACCGCUUCAACUUCCGCUGGGACGGCCUGCUCCGCUACUACGACCUCUUCCUCAACUACGACGAGAAGAAGGACUGGAAGGAUGUGUUCUCCCGCAAGUGCAAGGACUGCGGCGCCUGGCUCGUCUGCCGCCCCGACUGGCGCAAAUGCUACUCCUGCGGCGCUGCCCGCACAGAGGAGGAGGCCGCCGUCACCUGGAACCCUCCCCUCGCUGUCGACGAGGUCAAGGCCCUGGUCCGCGCCUCCGACGCAAAGCCCGCGGCUCGUGCCGCCAAGGAGGACAAGGAGCAGCAGCAGCAGCAGGUCAAGGGGAGCAUGGUUGUUUCCCAGGCGGUGGAGAUUUCGGCUUAG